GUGGAAACUGGGAAAAGAAAAGAAAGGUCAGUUCAGUGGAGGCGAACUGUUCUGGUCAGUUUUGCCUUCCUUCCCCAGCCAGCCAACCUCCUAACAUUUUCGCUUACUUUCUUCUGAAUUCUGAUACCGGAAAGCGAUUACAGAAGAACAACCAAUCGGAGCGUUUUCUAGGGUUUCACCACUGUCGCGAAUUCCCGCCCCGGGUAAUUGAUGAAGCCUAUACGAUUACCGCAGCCGGACAGCCCCACCGCCGUUGGCGUCCCCGAGAUCUUCGAAGGCGGCGCGCACAGCGUCGUCAGGCGCGCUGUUGUGAUUGGCAACGGGUUCGCCGGUUCGGAGAACCAGAGCCUCGGCUUGGUUCGCGCCCUCGGGCUCUACGACCAGCAUGUACUUUAUCGGGUUACAAGACCAAGGGGAGGAAUAAAUGAGUGGCUGCACUGGCUGCCAGUUUGGCUUCACAAAAUUCUAUAUUAUGUCAUGACGAAGUUAAGCAUCUGCUCUCGAAUUACAAGGGCCAAUAAACUUUCACCUUUCCCUUCAGAAAAUGGCGGUAGUGCUGGAUUGGCUUCAAUUUUAGAAGCUGAUGUGAAGCAUAUCGUGAAUCUGGCACGUGAUGCAUACGAAAAGGAUGGCCCUCUUUUGGUUGUUGCAUCUGGAAGAGAUACUAUUUCUGUGGCAAGCUCUAUAAAACGUUUAGCGUCUGAGAAAGUUUUUGUUAUUCAGAUUCAACAUCCUAGGUCACGUCUUAAUAGAUUUGACUUGGUGAUUACCCCACGUCAUGAUUAUUAUGUUCUGACUCCUGAAGGACAGAAGCAGGUCCCAAAUUUUAUGCUGAGAUGGAUAACUCCGCAGGAGCCUCCAGAUGAGCAUGUGGUACUGACAACAGGAGCUUUGCAUCAAAUCGAUUUUUCCACGCUCCGCAGUGCAGCUAGUGCUUGGCAUGAUGAACUUGCCCCUCUGCCGAAGCCAUUGCUAGUGGUUAAUGUUGGAGGACCUGCAAGAUAUUGUCGCUAUGGAGCUGACCUUGCAAAGCAGUUGAGUGACUUUCUUCUUAGUGUUCUUGCUACCUGCGGCAGUGUGAGAAUAUCCUUUUCGGAGAAAACGCCUCUAAAGGUGUCUUCUGUAAUAGUCAAAGAAUUCGCACAGAACCCCAAGGUUUACAUCUGGGAUGGUGAAGAGCCAAAUCCGUACAUGGGACAUUUGGCUUGGGCAGAUGCAUUUGUGGUUACAGCAGAUUCAGUCAGCAUGGUCAGCGAGGCCUGCACCACUGGGAAACCUGUCUAUGUUAUGGGAGCCGAGCGUUGCACAUGGAAGUUGUCAGAGUUCCACAAAUCCUUGAAAGAGCGAGGCGUGGUUCGACCAUUCACUGGCUCUGAGGAUAUCUCGGAAAGCUGGAGCUACCCUCCCCUGAACGACACAGCCGAAGCUGCACGUCGAGUAGUUGAAGCCCUCGCUCAACGUGAUCUCACAUUGCGCCCGUAGGAAGCUUUUGUCCAAAUGCUGUUGUUGUAAGCAAAUUCCUGAACUGGGUUUUUGGUGUUCAACAUUAGGUCCGUUUCUCCAUACCUUCAUACACAACACGUAAUUGUCGUAACGAGAACCUCAUUCAUAGACACAGAUCAAAUUCAUUCUUUUGCCCUUGGAAGAGAAAGAGGGAAGGAGGGUUUCAGGCUUUCAUGUCGUAUGAUAUUUGUGUGUACAAUGAUCAAAGACUAUUAUAGCUCCAUGGUAGCUCGGCUUUGUAACUAAGGAAGAGAGGCUUCAAAUGUUCAGUGUACUUGAGAUCUAAUAAGAAAAAAGUGAAUAGCUGUGCAGUGCAAUUUUUGGCCGGCAUAUUCCGUCGGCCGGCGGUGCACGUAGCGUUCCUUUUACCUUUGUGCCGCCAACUCAGCAACUAUAGGGUUUUAACAGUAAU